CGAAGAUUGAUCUUUCAACACCUGCAACAACAACACUGCAUGUUUUGCAAAAAUGGCUACAACAAUCAAUCCGGCUGCAUUCUCGACGAGUACCUCCUCCUUCCGCGCCUCGCAAUCCCAAAAUGCCGCCGCCAUGUCGUACUCGGACAACCCGCUCACGCAACUACCGGCGGUGGACUUCAACUUCGAUGACUUGCGGAAGCGCAUGGCCGAUUUCACGCUCAGGUUCGAUGCAUUUAUCGAACAAGGCAGGAAACGCGUUUUGCAAGAGAGAAACGAAUUUCGAGCACGGUUGGGAGAAUUGAACGAGGAGCAACGCUCCAAAAGCACACAGAUCACGACAUUACAAUCGUCGUUAUCGAACCACAGCAAUGUCCUCGCGAGGGAGCAAGCCGAGAAGAACGAGAUGCACGCACAAAUAUCCAAGCUCGAAUCUCAUCAAGCGACUCAAGCCGCGGCUUGCGACAAGCUCAGAAGUUCGAUUGCCCAGACACAGAGGCAGAUCGACAUCAAGCUACAGGCCCAGCGUGAAUACGCUGAAAAGAUGGACGGUCAAAGUCGUCUGAACGGACCCGAGUUGAAUUUCUGGGAAACAUACCUGGGUUGUCGGAUCGAGGGAAGCGGCGAUGAGAGCAGGGUGAGGAUUGUGUUCAUGUUCCCGCCCUCGAAGGGAGGUCCAAACACCAACGACGAAAGAGAGGCCAUGUUUGAAUUACAAGUGCCAGCUACGGGUAGUGGCAAGUAUGAUGUUGUAUAUAUGAAGCCAAAGCUGGACGCUGUCAAGGUCGAGAAGGUCGUCGAUCGACUAAAUUCGACCAGAGAGAUUGGAACGCUAUUGAAGGGCAUGAGAGGUUUGUUUAUGGAGGCAAUGAAGUAAAGUAGUGGCGACGAUGAUACCCCCAGGGCAUAUGAUGAGAUUUUGGACUUUCAAUAUGCCAUACAUUUGACGACAAUCUUUGUUGCGAGAAUUG